GGUUGGAUGAUACUUGGAAUGACAACACCAAGCAAUAGAAAGAGAAAGAGAGUCACUAGAAAGGCAGGACCAGUUUUCACAAGUUUCUGUGAAAUUUCUGAAGACCAGAUUGAUGUUGGUGAAGGUCCGUGGUGCCUGUUAUGGCCUUUUAUGAGGGAAGUUCAGGGUACUGACGACCAGUUGCAAACUAUGUCUCUCGCAAACUUGUAUUACUGUGGUGAACAGACACUGGAAGGUCGUUUCUGGAGAGUUUCUAUUGACUCUAAUGAGUCUAGAGAACGAACAGAAGACUUUGCUAUAAAGAUCUGGGAGGGAGUUUCAACACAGGAAAGUGAAAAGUCCUUGAUAUCUGUAAACUGCUCCUUUUUUGUAAAAAGUUCACAUAGGACGAACUUUUAUACUUAUUCAGGUGAAGUUAUUUUGUGUGAUCGCUUAGCGAAAGCAAUUCGAUAUUUAGCAGACAACCACUUCUUGGCUGCAAGAGUUGUCACGUAUAGUUUAUAUGACGAAGAUUUGACCUUUCCAGAAAGAAGCUGUUUUAGAGUAGAAUUUUAUUUUACUGAGAAGCUUUUCUUAAAUGCACCAAAAUCAGCAACGGAGUAUCGAAAACUAUCGGUAUUCACUCACGUGAGAAUCUUGAUGUCUUGGUUGCACUCUGAUAUCAGUACCUUUACGUUGUUCUCGGAAGCCUUUUGUUGUCAAGAUGCUCAUUUAAUUUUAGAUUCUCUAUGGUUCAAUCGAGUUUGCGAGACAAUUCAGUUGGAAAGACAGAAGUCUUCGAGUAACCUUUGGGAAUUAGAGAGGUCACAAAUGACUCUUUUAGAACAACAGUUAAGUAUUAUCCUUCGACCCUAUCAAAGAAAGGCUAUUUCAUGGAUGUUGUACAGAGAAGAAAUGUCGACAAUGAAUAUGAAUGGUGAAGAGAGUAAUCCAUUGUGGUUUCCAAUGUUUUCAAAAAACUCAGAUAGUAACAUAUCCUUCUUUUACAAUCCUUGUACAGGACAGGUAUCUAAAAAGAGCUUUGAGCCUUUUAUGGAUAUCCGGGGUGGAAUACUGGCAGAUGAAAUGGGUUUAGGAAAGACCGUUGAAGUAUUGUCUUUGAUCAUAUUGACUUUAACAAAGAGAAAAGAAGUCACUUCCUUGGAGAAACCGGAACGUGUAUUUUGGGGUGGAAACUUGGACUCCUUUUCAGAUAAAGACAAAGUGGAAGCUUUCUCUUUUGUGACCAGUACUCAAAACGUCGAAAAGUGUUCUUGCUGCCAAGAAUUGACAGUUAAUGAUCAUGUACCCGAAGAAUUCCACUCUUUGUUCGUGCGAUGUGAUGAAUGUGGAAAAGUAGAACAUGCUUGGUGUGCCAACUAUCGGUUUGAGCGUGCCAUAAGAGUGUUGCAAGCGUCGCCACAUUUGUGUUAUCAAUGUGAAGCAGACUACAAAUCUCAAAAGGUUUUGCAGAGUCAUGCCACUCUCAUUGUAUGUCCUUCUGCUAUCUUAGGACAAUGGGAAGAAGAGAUUGAGCGAAAUACAAAAACUGUUAUUUAUCAUUAUACCUAUAGAGGAAUGAAAGAGUCUGGAUAUGUACCUGCAAGGACACUCGCAGAGAUGGAUAUUGUUUUGACCACAUAUGAAGCUUUGAGAAAUGACUUGAAUAGAGUUGACCUCGGAAGUGGGCCCUCACUAAGAUAUGCUAAAGUAUUCCGAGCUGUACCUACUCCACUAUGCAGGAUUGAAUGGUUUCGCAUUUGUUUGGAUGAAGCCCAAAUAGUGGAAGGUGGUUCGUCUGGCGCAGCUGAUAUGGCGCAGUACUUAAGUGGAACUCGAAGAUGGUGUGUGACUGGCACUCCUAUUCAUAAGGAUAUGUCCGACUUUUAUGGCUUAUUGAAGUUCCUUCAAGUUGUUCCUUUUCAAGAUCAUUUUUGGUGGAAUCGUUUUGUUUGGAAGCCAGCUCUUUUUGGAAAUGAUCAGAAUUUGAGACGACUUGUAGAUCGAUUGGUGUGGAGAAAUACGAAGAAUAUUGUGUACAAUGAGUUGAAUCUGCCACCUCAAUCGACCCUGAAAGUAAUAUUGUCAUUUGGUCCGAUAGAGAGACAUUUUUAUGAUCGACAGUAUGAACUUUGUGUGGAAGAAGCAUCCAGGCUUCUCUUUAGCCAAGGAAAGUUUCAAAAUGGAGUGAGUAGUUUGGAAGACUUUUCAAAAGAUUCGGUUAUGGGCGAGAAGCUGUUUUUCCGUUUAUUAAGACUUCGGCAAGCUUGUUGUCAUCCUCAGGUUGGUUCUGAUGGUAUUCGAGUGUUGCAGAAGAGUACCAUGACUAUGCAAGAAGUUUUGGAAGCUCUCGUACAAAGGAGGACUGUAGAAGUUUCGGAAGCGCAACGUUCCUACAUUGCAUCUAUGAAUGGAUUGGCUGCUUUGCAUAUAUUGCAAGAAAAUCUUAUCAAGGCUGUCGAUAUCUACAGAAAUGUUUUGCGCUUUGCUAAGGAAAAUGAAGAACACGUAACUAUGGACUCUUUACAAAAGUUGCAUGUUUUACACAAUUUGAGUCAAGUACUAGAAAUGAUAGAGUCAAAGAUAGAUGACAAGAGUCAGUCCUCAAAAGAUAAUAACCUCAACAGUUACAAGGCAGUUGGUAGAACUUUGGAGGAGUCCGAAUACAAAACUGAAAUGCAGGAAUUAGAAGCACGCUAUACAUCCGAGAAGUUGGCCAAAUUAUCCAAAGCCAAAGCAUCGUAUGAAGCCAGUAAAAUGUCGAGUGAGGAAUUGAUUGCUAAACGUGCAACAAUUCCUUGGUGGAUGGAGGUUUUAGCUGAAAUGGUAGCUAACAACAAGUCUUUGGAGGAACAAAUAAUGGAACAGAUACGAUCACAAUUACUUUAUAGUUCUCAGGGAGUCUUCACGGAAACAUCCAUAGUUUCUCGUUUUCAUAGUCUUGAAGGUUUACGGUAUGUAUUGAUGAAUGAACUAGAAAAAAGAGAUCGAUGCCGCUUGGAGUUGUUGGAAACAUUAGAAAAUUUGCCAGGUGCACGAACACCCACAACUAGCGAGAUCAUGGCUUCUGGUAAUUGCAGAUAUUGUCGAGUAGAAGGUGAUGGUCCGGCAUGUUGUCAUUGUAUAGCCAAGGAGAAAUUUUUGGCUUACGAACGUAGUUUGUUCUUAGUUCGCAUGAUAAAUAUUGGUAGAAAAUGCAACACCAGUCAUGGAAGGUAUGGUGUUAUCUCAGAAGGGGAUGAAGGUGCCAGAUUGCAAAGUGAAAUUGAAAAGAUCCUGAAGAUUAUAAAGUCUUGUAUACGAAGGCAUUAUCGCAAAAGAUUCUCAUGGUUGAAGGACAUGGAACGGCAUUUUCAAGAAGUCGAAGCACUUAAGGAAGAAUUUCGUGAAUGUCACGUUUAUUUUGAAGCACAACACGACUUUCUAUCAGCAUUAGAUGAGCUUGAAAUGUCUAAAAUGAGAAUUUCACUUAAGAUAUCGGACCAAGACCAGAAAAGAAAAAAUGUUGACUCUUAUCAAAUAAGUCCAAGUCAAGUUGGUAGUCUUUUCAUGCAAUUUGAACAUGACAGAAGCUUAGCUGAAGUCGACUUUCAACAUAAACGCAGUCAAUUGCUAUUUCUAAAACGUUUGAGAGCAGAACAGGAAAGUUGUAAUCAGGAGGGAAAAGAAGAUGAUACUGUAAGAAUGCAGCCUUGUCCAGUCUGUUGGAGAGAGCUGGAAGCACAAAUUGUGAUUCUUCCUUGUGGUCAUCGCUUCUGUGCAGAAUGUGUGUCUCACAUGGUUCAACAAAGAAUAUCGGAACAAGUUGAAAUUCAAAAAAAGAGCGAAUCGGAGCAAUAUAUAUCUUGUCCAUCUUGUCGUGUUAGUGUUAUCGUAAACGAGUUGUGUUACAUUGAAAGAAAGAGUGAGGAUGAGUCUUGUAUAAGAAAAAUUGAGAGGAUAUGUUCGAUUGAUGGUAAUAGGAUGGAGGAAGGUGCCGAAAAUUGGACUACACAACAGUUUUAUUCUUUAUGGAAAUCUCUACAAGGUGAUUCUGUUCGGGACUCUUUUGGUACCAAAAUUUCAGCGUUUGCGAUUUAUUUAAAAAUGAUUAUAGAACGGGACACAGACGCGAAGUGUAUUGUAUUUUCAGAAUGGAAUGAUGUUCUUGAAAUAGUUUCUCGGGCUCUUGAGAGGAUGAAUGUGGUUUUUACUCGGACCGAACAAAGACGAGGAAAAAGCUUCGAAACAGUUCUUCGUAAAUUUCGAACCAACUUCGAAAUUCGGGUUCUUUUACUUCCGGUACGAAGUGGGAGUAACGGUUUGAAUUUGACAGAAGCUACACACGUUUUUUUGAUUGAGCCGUUGUUAACGGACUCGUUGGAAGCCCAAGCAAUAGGUAGAGUUCAUCGAAUUGGCCAGAAGAAACCAACAUUUGUUCAUCGUUUCCUUAUCGAGAAUACUAUUGAAGAGAAGGUUGAUGAAUUGAGAAGAAAAAAGAGAGCAAGUUCAAUUCAGAAUAAUAGCAAAGCAUUAAAUGUAAGAGGUAGUAGGACCAUGGCAGCGGAGGAGGUUCUAACGGUUCAAGACCUGUACUUAUUGUUUCCAUCGGAACAGCAACAAUAUACAGUUGAUUCUAGAUGAGUUUGUCGCUUUGAAAAAUUUUGUUAUCUGUCAAAUUGAUUUAGUCAGUAUUUUAUUCGGUUUAUUUAAAGUGCUGUACAUAGCCUUUCCAUACUAUAAAUAUACACAUCAUUUUUAUUUCUCUUGAUGGAAGGAGGUAUUGAAACAAAAGCUAGGAAAGAAGAUAACGACUGAGGAGGAUUGAAUAAAUGAAUGUUGCGUUUC